AUGUACAGCAAGAUUAUCACCGAAUUGCGCAAACCCACUUCGGCUUCGAGAGCUAGUCCCGCCAAUCAAAGCAUGGAUAGGAUCCAGAACAUUCGGAAACGUCCACGCCACAGGCAAAUUGCACAUUCCCUGACCAUUGCAACAUGCAUUAUGCAAACGUUGUUUCUCCUGACGCAUGCUCACGAUCGGAUUUACUAUUUUCUUGGGAUAAAUCACUGGAUCGAGUAUCGCGUUGGUUCGGUACCACAUCUUCUUGGACUUUGGCUUAUCACACUGAACAGUUGUUUGAAUCCUGCAGCGCUGGUGUUUACUAUGAAAACCCUGCAACAGUGGAUUAUUUGUCGUGUCCGUACUACUGUUAGUACGGCGGAAUCAGAUAACCCACAGUCGGAUCGAAUGUUCCUGGAUUUAUUGCGAUCACGUUCAGCUAAAUUCAGUCUAAACGACGCGGCUACACCGAGCACCAACCUUUAA